GACAUGAAACUACUAUAACCAGUGAAACGACCACCUCAAACUUUGAUCAUGGUUUCUCAUCAUCAUCAAUCACCAUUGCCAAAAAACUUAUUAUUCAAACCAACAUCUUUAAUUCCUGUAUAUCCUUAUAUAUUCACAUCAUACCCAUAUAAUAAAAAUAAAUUUUUAUUUGGUCAUAAUAAUUAUGGCAGCCAUCUAUCAUUGCCAUCAUUAUGUUGUAGUAGUAGUUCUAGACCCAAUAAUGCAGAAACAAGAUUACACAAAACUGAUCAACACUUGGUCAGUGAAAGUCAACAUGAGCAGUCAACAGAGAAAAAGAAUAAGAAGAAAAAGAAGAAACUGAAUCUGAGUUAUAAAUCAUUGUUUGGAAGACGAGCGUUAUGGAGAAGGAUUUUCUUUGCAUCCAAGAAACUACAGAGCAUUAUUUUGCUUAAUGUUAUUACAUUAGUUUAUGCUAGUGACAUACCGGUGUUGAAAGAGGUUGAAGCAAUCAUGGACCCUGCAACUUUCACUGUUGUGAGAUUUACCGUUUCUGCCAUUCCAUUUCUCCCUUUUGUCUGGAGAUCUUGGGAUGAUGUUCAAACUCGCAACUCAGGAACCGAGUUGGGAUUUUGGGUCAGCUUAGGCUAUCUCACUCAGGCUCUCGGACUGCUGACUUCUGAUGCUGGACGCGCUUCCUUCAUUUCCAUGUUUACCGUAAUAGUAGUUCCCAUAAUUGAUGGUAUGCUAGGGGCAGUAAUUCCUGCUCGUACUUGGUUUGGAGCUCUUAUGUCCAUUAUUGGUGUUGGAAUGCUGGAAUGCAGUGGUUCACCUCCAUGUGCUGGUGAUUUGUUUAACUUUCUAAGCGCCUUAUUCUUUGGCAUACACAUGCUAAGAACCGAGCAUAUAUCAAGGAAAACCGACAAAAAGAAUUUCUUGCCAGUCCUUGCAUAUGAGGUGUGUGUUGUUGCCGUCGCAUCUAUCAUCUGGUAUGUGAUUGGAGGCAUGAUUGAUGGUAGCCUAGAGUAUAAUCCAUCAUCUUUGACUUGGGCGACGUUCUUGAAGUGGUUUUUGGAAUUCCCUUGGAUACCAGCCUUAUAUACUGGAGUAUUAUCAACUGGCUUAUGCUUGUGGAUAGAGAUGACAGCAAUGCGUGAUAUAUCAGCCACAGAAACCGCAAUUAUAUAUGGGUUGGAGCCCGUUUGGGGUGCUGGUUUUGCAUGGUUUCUUCUUGGUGAAAGGUGGGGCGUCUCAGGAUGGUUUGGUGCUGCACUUAUUCUAGGUGGAAGUUUAAUGGUGCAGAUAAUGGGUGCAACAUCUGCCAGUUCAUCUGUAACACGUGACGGUUCUAGCAACAAAAAAGACGUCACACUUCUUUCAGAUAGGCAAACCGGGCUUUCUGCUUCUCCAGUUCAUGUUACCUCUAGAAAAGAUGCCUCUGAUUUGUUAAAGAAGUAAAAAUUCCACCACCCACAUAUAUAGGCAAAGGAGUAUACAUGUAAUUAGCUACAUCUUAUAGAUUAACCAAUUUAUAUAUGUACAUGUGUAGUAAGUGUAAUCAGAGUCUAGAGAUAAGUAUAGCUUAACCAAUAUAUAGAAAUUAGUAUAACGGGUAAUUUUUUUAA